CUUAAUAUACCAUCUGUGUCCUUCCUUUCUCUCUCCACACCGAAACAGAGAGAGAAAAUAAAACAGACGCAACAAACACAACAAGAAUCGAAGCAAGCAAGCCCCCGCAGGUGUGUUCUUCACACGUCACAUUUCACUCUCCGCUCACUCUAGCCACGUCUAUCCUUCCCUUAAUUAUCGUGAGCCGUCGUCUUCCUUUACCACUCGGAAGAAAAAAAGGGAAGAAAUCCGAUUCAUGCAAUAAAACUGUACGAUCACCAUCCGGUGAUCUCUCCGUUUAGUGUUCCUCCGGUUCAUCCGAUCUUAUCCGUAGAGAAAAAGAUAUUUAUCGAACACUGAAAUUUUGAGUUUCCACAGCGUCAAUCUUUGUUGAUUCUUAGCUGUUAGAGAGAGAACAAAUUAUAGAGAUAGAGAAAGAUGCAGAGGCUGCGGAGUCCACCGAAGCACAGGCACGACGGGACUUCGCCGCUGCCGUUAGGGAUGGAUUGGAGUCCUCCGCCUCGAAAAUGGAGCGGGCGAGAAACCAUUUGGCCUCAUGAUUCUAGAACGGGAUGGAGUUACUGUGUCGCUAUACCGUCCUGGGUCGUGGUCCCAAAAUCAAGAGAUUUAGAUCCCGUAGUGGUACUCAAAUUGAAUGAUUCUCCCGUGUUUAUCUAUACCAAGGGGAAUAACCAGUUGAAGUUUUCAAAGCAUGCUAUUGUAGUUAAAGAGUUUUACAGGGUUCAGGUGGGUUUACAAUCACCAGAAGGGGUUACAACCACACGUGGAGUGUUGAGAAGAUUUAAUGAUUUUAUGAAGUUAUUUACUGAUCUUAAGAAGGCAUUUCCUAGAAAAAAUCUCCCACCAGCCCCACCCAAGGGACUUCUGCGUUUGAAAAGCAGGGCACUCUUGGAAGAGAGAAGGUACUCUUUGGAGCAGUGGAUGACAAAACUGCUGUCUGACAUUGAUUUAUCAAGAAGUGUUUCAGUGGCAUCCUUUCUUGAAUUGGAAGCUGCUGCGAGGUCUUCAUUCCAAGAUGUAAAUCAGCAAUCAUCAGAAGCAAGUCCCACCGGUGAUAGUUCAACUUCCUCGCUUCAUAUACCUCCAAAUUUAAGUUCUCUUGCUACCGGUUCAUCAAUCGCAUCAGAUUAUGGUAGUGAUACUGCUUAUGAAACAUCUGAUCUUGGAACACCUAGGUUAGAAAGAGAUGAAAAUUUUGGAAUUGGCUUGGGAGAUCUAGCACUGGAUGAAGAUCUGACCAGUCCUAUGGAAAAACUUGUGAAGUAUGGCAUGUCAAACAUUGAUGAGGGACUGUUUAUGGGACAGACUAUUCUAGAGCAACUAGAAGGUCUUCCUAGGCACAGACCACAUGGUGUGCAUAUAAAAAAUGUCACAGCAAAAGAUGUAUAUAAUGGAAAUGCAUCCAAAGCUUCAUUUUUUCCUGGAAAUGGGAUGGAACUUUUCUCUGAGCCAGGGCCUGCUAAGGCAUUUGGUCAUGUUAGAAAGUUGUCCAGUGAGAGUGUUGGAAGUGACGGAAGUUCUCUACGAGGAAGUGAAUUAUCAAACGCUGGGAUACCAAAUUCAUCUGGUGAUGGAUCUCUUGACCUUCCAGGAAUAGCUGAGGUAUUGAGCUCUGCAGAAGUUGUUGGUAAUGCAGAGCUGCAGUUUUCAGGUGAUGCACACAUAGUACUUCCUAUGGAUCAGCGUCAUAAAAUGAACAGGGUUCUAUUAACGAUGCAGCGGAGGCUAGUCACAGCUAAAACAGACAUGGAAGACCUCAUAUCAAGAUUAAAUCAGGAGAUAGCCGUAAAAGAUUACCUUACAACAAAGGUCAAGGAUCUGGAGGUGGAACUCGAAACUAACAAACAGAAAAAUAAAGAAAAUAUGCAGCAGGCUAUUUUGAUUGAGAGGGAAAGGCUCACCCAAAUGCAGUGGGAUAUGGAGGAAUUGAGACGGAAAUCUUUGGAAAUGGAAUUGAAAUUGAAGUCAAAAGAGGGUGAGCAGUCAAGUACAGAAUUUCAAAUGGCAUCUACCGACCAUGAGAAAGACAUGGUACUUGAGGAGUUGGAUGCUACUAGAAAGCUACUUGAGGAUCUGUCUAAGCGAUAUGAAGAACUUGAAGCGAAAUCGAAAGCAGAUAUUAAAUUUCUUGCAAAAGAAUUUAAAUCCCUUAAAAAUUCCCAGACAACAUUAAAGCAGGAGCUUAGUCAAUCACUGAAGGAAAAAUCUGAAGUUGAGAAACUUCUUCACGAGGAAAGAGAAAUGAAGGAGCAUGGGAAAAUUGCUCGGAAGAAACUGCUACAUGAUUGUAGGAUUCUGUGUGACCAGCUGCAAGAAUGCAACGUUAAUUUGUUGAGUGAAGAUGAUAAUUUUGUUGUGGACUUUUCACUGGCAGAUGCUUUGGAUUUGCUGACCACAUCUGAUGAUCAAAUUGGCCAUCUAUUAACGGAGGCACAACAAUUAUUUGAAGAUGAUAAAAUCACUGCUCCUGACGACAACUUGAGAUCAACCGAUGAUGAACUGAGGAAUAUGUUGGCAAAUCUCUUCACUGAUAAUGCCAUGUUGAGGAAACAGGUGAACUCUACUAUGCGACGUGCUCUUAAAAUGGGCAGCAUCUCUAGGAGUAGUAAUGACGGGGCUCCUUCAAGUAAUAAUCAUGUAGAAAGAUAAAAAGUAUAGUCGAAUAUUAAAUAUUGUAAUUUUUUUAAAAAAAUGUAGAAGGCGUCUUUCAAAACUAUAAUAGGAUUAGAGGUAAUGGACGACCUGUUUUGCACAGUUCAUUUCACUAAACCAGAAAUUAACUCGAUGUAAUUGUGGUUUCACGUAUUGAGUUGUCUGAAAGAAAUUGCCUUUCCAGA